AUGCCAGGAUCCAAAGGAAUUACUCUCAGCAGUUUAUCCACAAUUGGAUGUGGCAGAUACAUCAACCCAUCAUUCUUAACUGAACGUACAAUUCUUUCUACACGAAAUGAUGAUGUUAGUGCUAUCAAUAUUGCUACGUUGAAUAUUUUUCCAGGGAACACAUAUACGUAUCUUGUUGCAGAUAAGAUGGCUGAAGAUGAUGAAAUUGAUCAUUCCAUUACAAACAGAUAUCCUAAUGAGUUUUUAAAUUCAUUGGAUCCUCCUAGGCUACCAGCUUUUAUGGUAAAGUUGAAAGUGAGUUGUCCUAUAAUGUUAUUAAGAAACAUUACACCGAAAGAUAGACUCUGUAAUGGCACAAAAUUGAUGAUAUCAAUGUGCGACACUUGCAUAAUUGAAGCUCGAAUUUUAACUAGAGAGAAGUUUGGCAAUUUGACAUUUAUACCAAGGAUAUCAUUGACUCCGUCUUCUGCAGAAAUGCCUUUCUGA